GAAAAACGCCUUUUUUCUCUUUGUGCACCAGUUCUGAUCUGUGUUAGUCUUUCUGUCUUCCAUGGAAACCUUACUAUCUUCUCAUCCUCUGUGUCCUCUCUUCAACCCCAAACUUUCAUCUCCAAAAACCCAUCUUGCAUCUUUACGGCCAACCAGGCAAAACUGUCUCGCUCACAUCAAACCCAUUACGUCUGGCCUCAGAAGCCAUAAUCCUCAACCAUCUUUAACAAUACCCACAAACUGGUUCACUCAUGCUCAGCAGGGAAUGGCAGCACUAGCUCUUUCCUUGGCACUCAAUUUUUGCCCAGUCUUUGACACUGGCAAUGCACUAGCAUCUGAAUUUGAUGUCCUCUAUGAGGGUCCUCCAAAAGAAUCCUAUGUUUUUGAUGAUGCUGGUGUGCUUAGUAAAGUUACAAAGUCUGAUUUGAAGCAGCUCUUAUCUGACUUAGAGUCAAGGAAGAACUUCAAGAUCAAUUUCAUUACUGUUAGGAAGCUUACAAGCAAAGCCGAUGCAUUUGAGUUUGCUGACCAAGUGUUGGAGCGCUGGUAUCCGACUGUUGAGGAGGGCAGUAACAAGGGAAUUGUAGUGCUCGUCACCAGUCAGAAAGAAGGCGCCGUCACUGGUGGCCCUGCCUUUGUCGAAGCUGUUGGAGACAAAAUUCUUGAUGCUACUGUAUCGGAGAACCUCCCUGUCUUGGCUACAGAUGAAAAGUACAACGAGGCAAUUUAUAGUAGCGCCAAACGGCUAGUAGCUGCUAUUGAUGGCCUUCCAGAUCCUGGUGGGCCCUCAGUUAACAAUGAUAAACGCGAGUCCAACUUUAAAACCAGAGAAGAGACAGAAGAGAAGAGGGGGCAAUUCACUCUUGUAGUUGGAGGUUUGUUGGUGAUUGCUUUUGUUGUUCCAAUGGCGCAAUACUAUGCAUAUGUUUCGCGAAAGUAGGUCUUGCCUCUACUGUUAGGUUUUUAUUCUGUACAGCGUCCUGUGGUUUCGGAAAAAAACAUGUCAAAACAUAGCUGUACAAAUGAUGAUUGAUGAGAAGUUGAUCUUCAUAGUGAUGUCCUAAAAUAAAAAUGAACUCGACAGUUUGAUCUUCCUGCUGA